GUUUUCACAGCUUUUUUACUGUGUUUGCGUAGGCUUUUUUUUUUUCUCUCGUUACAGCUUUUGCUUUUUUAAUACUUUUUUUUUUUUUUGCUCCGAGGCAUGUCCGGGCGCGGGAAGCAGGGCGGGAAGGCGCGCGCCAAGGCCAAGUCGCGCUCGUCGCGGGCCGGGCUGCAGUUCCCCGUGGGCCGCGUGCACCGGCUGCUGCGCAAGGGCAACUACGCGGAGCGGGUGGGCGCCGGCGCCCCGGUGUACCUGGCGGCCGUGCUGGAGUACCUGACGGCCGAGAUCCUGGAGCUGGCGGGCAACGCGGCCCGCGACAACAAGAAGACGCGCAUCAUCCCGCGCCACCUCCAGCUGGCCAUCCGCAACGACGAGGAGCUCAACAAGCUGCUGGGCAAGGUGACCAUCGCGCAGGGCGGGGUGCUGCCCAACAUCCAGGCCGUGCUGCUGCCCAAGAAGACCGACAGCCACAAGGCUAAAGCCAAGUAAAUCCCUACAACAAACAACCCAAAGGCUCUUCUCAGAGCCACCCACGUUCUCCUAGAAAGAGCGGGAACACCUGGGCCUCCAAGUACUUCUUUCUCUAGAGUGUAUUUUGGCAAAGUGAAAGAAAAAAUUUACAGCUUCAGUUUUCUUUUGCUGAUCGGUGUAGGUACCUGAGUUUUUCUUUCUUGAGGAAGUUAAUGUACUUAUGUAAACGCGCACCAGUGCCAUUUUUCCGAGAAGUCAAUAAAAGGCCGCACUUAAGAAUGAC